CCCACAGGUCUGGCAAGCAAGCCCAGGAGGCAGGUGGGUCUCUGACCCCCACUCUGACGACCACUGCCUGGCACCUAGAAGCCACUUCCUCCCCGGGGUCCACGCCCCUCACCCUCUAGGCAGAGCCUGCCGAGGAGUCCUGGGGGUCUCUCAUCACUUUACCCUUAAUGACACCCUUAAAAUAGGGCCCCUCCAAAUCCAGGGCCACAGGGACCUGGGGACUGCUGAGCAGUCACAGCCCAGGAGACUGAAGGAACAAGGGACCGGCUCCCCCCACCAGGUUCCCAGGAGCCAAGCCAAGGCCAGACCCCUGGGAGCGCAGGCCGGUCAACCUCCGGCCGCUGCCUGUGCUCCCCACUCUGGCCUGCCGGGGCCUGGGACCUGGCUGAGCCGGGGGUGCCAAGGGCCUUUUCUGCCCAGCGCCGGGCGCCCGCAGGGCCACCCUGCUGACUCACGCAGGGACGGGCUCCUGGUGGGUUCGCCUCUGUCUGCACAUGUUUGGGUUCGUGAUGCUGUGACACAGGGACUGUGAAAACCCCUCUCGGAGCGGUUUCCUGCCCGCAUUUCUGUCUGGGGGCCCUGCAAACACCGCACCACGCCGGGAAGACACACCCGUGGUGCCCCUGCCUCCGUGCAGGGGGCCCUCCUCACGUGAGCUGUGCGGCCGCUGGGAGCGAGGCAGAGCCUGGCCGGUUGUCUCUUUAAAUCGGCUCUGCAGCCUGUGAUGGGCGCGGGAAGAACCACUCCCAGCCUGCGGCAGGGAGCCGGCCACAGCGCCGCCAUCCACCUCCCCCAUCCCCAUGGUUACGGCUCCUGCUUCCCGCCGGUCCCCCGUCCCUGGCUGUCGCCCGCGGAAGCCGGCGCAGUGGCGGUGGCUGGCAUUCCUCGCCUGCGCUCUGGAAGCUGCGUGCUGAGAAUCUCGCUGCAUGUCCGCCCGUCCUGGCUCUGACUCACGUCUCCCGGCCGCAGCCCUGCAAUCUGUUGAUCGCCUGCGCGCCCAGCGCACGGGCCCCGGGCAUGGAGACCUGCUCCACGGCACGGCGAGCUCACCUCAGCUCCCGGGCAACAGGCGCAGCGCCGCUGCCGCUCUGGCUGUUUUUGCCAAAAUAGGUGGGUCCACUCUCACCCGCCCCACCAGAGUUGCCCUGAGGCCCGUGGCCCAGGGCUUGCCCCACUGGCUGCUGCUCCGGACCUUGACCUUCUGGACAGCCAUGGAGGCUGGCAGGGAGAAAGGCGCAACCUAGUCGGCCGGCGGCGACACCUUCUACCUCCACGGCGCUCGCCCUUCAGCAACUUCGCGUGCUCAUGGAUCUGAAGACCGUGCUCUCCCUGCCCCAGCACCCAGGGGAGUUCCUGCACCCCGUGGUGUACGCCUGCACGGCCGUCAUGCUGCUCUGCCUCCUGGCCUCCGUCAUCACCUACCUCGUGCACCGCAGCGCCAUCCGGAUCAGCCGCAAGGGCCGGCACACGCUCCUGAACUUCUGCCUGCACGCGGCCCUGACCUUCACCGUGUUUGCCGGCGGCAUCAACCGCACUGCCUACCCCAUCCUGUGCCAGGCGGUGGGCAUCGUGCUGCACUACUGCUCGCUCUGCGCCCUGCUGUGGAUCGCUGUGACCGCCAGGAACAUCUACAAGCAGGUCACCAAGAAGGCCCCGCCAUGCCCCGGCGCAGACCGGCCGCCGUACUCCCGGCAGCCCCUGCUCAGGCUCUACCUCAUCAGCGGCGGAGUUCCUUUCGUCAUCUGUGGAGUCACGGCUGCCACCAACAUCAAGAAUUACGGCCCAGAGGAUGAGGACGCAGCAUACUGCUGGAUGGCCUGGGAGCCCAGCCUGGGUGCAUUCUAUGGGCCGGCGGCCUUCAUCGCCCUCAUCACCUGCGUACACUUCCUGGGCGCCCACGUGCAGAUGCGACGCCACCCGGAGCGCCGGCACGAGCUCAGGGAGCGGGCGGAGGAGCAGCAUCGGCUGGCAGGGCCAGAGGCUGCCCACGGCCCCAGGGCGCCCCCCGGGCGGCUGACCGCCGACGCCGGCGCAGCCCUGGCCGCCUCGCUGCUGCAGAAUGAGCACUCGCUCGAGGCCCAGCUGCGGGCCGCGGCCUUCACGCUGUUCCUUUUCGCGGCCACAUGGGCCUUUGGGGCACUGGCCGUGUCCCAAGGCCCCUUCCUGGACAUGGUCUUCAGCUGCCUGUACGGCGCCUUCUGCGUGACGCUGGGACUCUUCGUGCUCAUCCACCACUGUGCCAAGCGGGACGACGUGUGGCACUGCUGGUGGUCCUGCUGCCCCUCCCGCCGGGGCGCCCACCCUGCCCUGGACGCCAACGGGGACGCCUUGGGGCGCACCGCCUGCCUACAGGACUUGCCAUGUUCUGGCAAGCCGCGGGGCUUCGGACACCCGCCGGCCGGCCACUGCAAGAUGACCAACCUGCAGGCUGCCCAGGGCCACGUCAGCUGCCUGUCGCCGGCCACGCCCUGCUGCGCCAAAAUGCACUGUGAGCAGCUGCUGGAGGACGCGGUCCUCGCGCACGAGGACGACGCCUGUGGGCACGACCCCCACCUGCACAGGUGCCUCCAGGGCAGGACGAAGCCGCACUACUUUGGCCGUCACCAGGCCGCCGCGGCGGAGCAGGAGUACGCCUACCACAUCCCGUCCAGCCUGGACGGCAGCCCCACCAGCUCAGGCAGGGACAGCCCCCCCAGCUCACUCGAGGGCCCAGUGGGGACACACGGCCUGGCCUGCUGCGCCCAGGGCGACCCCUUCCCCUUGGUCAGCCAGCCUGAGGGGGGCCACGGCAGCCCCACACUAUACGGCUGUGCCCCGAGGCCCGGCAGGGAGGGCGCCCGGGGGCCAGCCCACUUCGAGAUGCUGCGAAGGACACAGUCCCUGCCCUUCGGGGGCCCCGGCCCGAACGGGAUGCUCAAGGGCAACGAGUGUGAGGCGGGGCCCUACGGCGCCGACAGCACGGGCAACAUCCGGACGGGGCCCUGGAAGAACGAGACGACCGUGUAGCCGGCACCCAGCCGCCCCAACAGGCGUCAGGACAGAGCAGGGACCCUCUGCCUCUCGGGGGCCAGGGGUGGGGACCACCACAUGACACAGCCUCUCAGGAGCGGCUGACGCCCCCUGCUGACCCCUUGCCGUGAAGGACUACAGUGGGAACACACUUUGGGGGGCUGCUGCCUCCCCCAGCCCUGAGGCCUGACCAGCCGUCCAUGCCCACAGCCACCGCUUUCCAAACACAGCCCCAGCCCCUCACCGCCCGGCCACACAACCACAGCAGCAGGCACCGUGCGUGUGUUCUAGCGUUCAACACGCGUGUUACAUUUUCUUCUGGGUGGGCAGCCUGCAGACACAGGGGCGCCGGCUGGGCUCCGGGAGCAGGUCGCCCUCGGAGGGGCCGGGGGUCCACACUCUGCAAAGGCCCAAAGCCCCGUAACGAAGACAGACUUCCAAACCCAGUCCUGGGCAGGACUGGGUCCUGCUCCAACAGGGGCAUUUGGGAAAAACGAAGUCCCCUGCCCCCCAAACCGGAGGGGCUGGCGUUCCCGUGAACGUGUGGGCCCAAGGCCAGACUCGGGAUGAAAGGGCCCAUGGGUCACCCCGGGGCAACAGCCUGGACGUCCGGCAGGCCGCCCUCCCUCCUCCUCCUUCUGGAACUGACACAUGUAGACACGCAUAACACACCUACAUACAUGCCACAUGUGUGUCCACCCCUCCUGUGCCCACGUCACCACCACACAGGCACUUGGUACCUGGCGCACAGGCAGAGUA